UCUCCACAAAACCCAAUGCCCUGACCCCCAAACAAACACCUCCAUCAUCUCUCUCUCUCUCUCUCUCUCUCUCUAUUUCUCUAUCUUUCUCUCUCUUAUUCUCAUAUGUCAUAUCAUGCAAGUAGCACCCUAAGCGCCCUUUAAGCCCCUUCGCCCCACGACAUUUGUUUCCCCCCCUUGGCCAGCUCAUUCAUUCAUUCACAGGUCACACAACCCCAUCACCAACCCAACCCAACCCCUCCUCUUUCUCUAUUACUUUUCUCUCUCUCUCUCUCUCUCUCUCUCCCACUUUCAACGUUUUCUCCACCAGAUCUCUCGGAGUGACCCUUUGGAGAUGCGCGCUCUUCGACCCUCUUCUCUCUGCCCCUUUAUAUAGUUUUCUGGAAUAUCUUGUGGGGUUUUCUGGGUUCGGUUGGGUUGCUGUUAAAGGACAGUUUUUUUUUUUUUUUUUCCUUUUUUCCUUUGGUGAGAGAGAGAGAGAGAGAGAGAGAGCGAGCGAGCGAGCGAAAAUGGCUAAUGGGGUCGAGAGAGAGAGUGAGUUGGUGGUGGUGUUUAGCGAUGAGGAGCUGAGAGAGGUGAGUGGGGUGAAGAGAGGCUUGGACUACAUAGAGGUCACGUGUGGGUGUACCAGUCAUAGGUAUGGUGAUGCUGUUGGGAGGCUUAGGGUUUUCCAAAAUGGUGACCUUGAAAUCACUUGUGAAUGCACCCCUGGUUGUCAGGAAGACAAGUUGACUCCAGCUGCAUUUGAAAAGCAUUCUGGAAGAGAGACAGCUAGGAAAUGGAAGAACAAUGUUUGGGUCAUAGCUAAUGGGGAGAAGGUUCCAUUAUGUAAGACGGUGCUGCUCAAAUACUACAACCAAGCAUCAAAAAAUGCUAAUGGAUCCCACAGAUCCCAAAACGGGCGAGUUUGUCAUCGGGAUGAGUUUGUUGGCUGUACUAAGUGUAACAAGGAGCGCAGGUUCCGGCUGCGGACAAAAGAGGAGUGUCGGAUUCAUCACGAUGCUUUGGCAGAUGUGAAUUGGAAAUGUUCCGAUCUGCCAUAUGACAAAAUUACAUGUGAUGAUGAUGAAGAGCGAGCAAGCCGCAGGGUGUACAGGGGCUGCACCCGGUCUCCAACAUGCAAGGGCUGCACUUCUUGUGUGUGUUUUGGAUGCGAAAUCUGUCGUUUCUCAGAUUGCAGCUGCCAGACUUGCAUCGACUUCACUAGAAAUGCAAGAACUUGAGUCUCCAAAGCAAACCCUUCGACCUUGAUAUUCCCCCCCUUGGUCUGGGUUCUUUGCCCAUUCAAGCCCCCCCACCAAGAUUUAAAAAGAGGCACUCAGUGACAUUGUCUUCUUCCUUACAUUGGAAAUGAACUUCCAGUCCCUGGGUUCAUCAGUGUUCGCUGUUCUCAUCGACUGGUUUAGAACUUUCAAAUUCAGUAAUUUAUUCCCAUCAUUUACAUAUUUGGCAUGUGUGUGAUUUAUUUCUUU